GGAAGAUCAGAUCUUCCGGUCUAGUAGUCCACGGAUUGAUGUCGAAACUGUGAAAUUCAGCUUCUGCUAUCGAGAUGAAGAUGACAGCAGCAGAUCAUCGCCUUGGAAGCCCUCUGCUCUUGUAUAAUAGAUAUAGUUUUCGCAAUCCUUCCCGACCCCGACCUCCACUAAUGGAGCUUUGGUUCUUCCUUAUGGCAUGUGUGUGUGUCUUGGUGUCUCUCCAUGGGCUCUCUGGCCUUCUGGGAAACAAGAAGCUACCUCCCGGCCCGCCGACAUUCCCCCUGCUGGGAAGCAUCCUAUGGCUUCUCAAGUCCUCGCGGGACUUCUCGAGCAUCGAGCCAGUGCUCCGCCACCUCCGGACCAAGUACGGCCCCAUCGUCCGCCUCCAGAUAGGGUCCCGCCCGUCGAUCUUCAUAAUGAGCCACGAGGCUGCCCACAAGGCCCUUGUCCGCAACCCCACCACCUUUGCCAGCCGCCCCCCACCCUUCGAGUCCCUCAAAGUCAUGUGCAGCGGGCAGCGCACUAUCGGGACAGCUGCGUAUGGCCCCCUCUGGCGGCUCCUGAGACAAAACCUCAUGGCCUUCACCCAUCCGUCGCGCCUCGUGGCCUAUGCGGAUGGACGGAGAUGGGCAGUUCAGGUCCUCAAGAACCGGCUCCUGGCGGAGGCCGUGGGAUCCUCCCUUGGUUCCAUUCCCAUGUACGAUGUUAUCCAGGUAGCGCUAUUCUCCUUGCAGUCUUACAUGUGCUUUGGGGAGAAAUUCGAUGAAGAAAUGGUCCGACAAAUCAUCGAAGUCCAAAGGGCCACGACCAUGAACAUCAAUAAAUUCAUUGUCUUCAAUUUUGUGCCGAGAUUGACGAGGAUCGUGUUCAACAAAAAGUGGAGGAAAAUGCUUCAGAUCCGAAAAGAUCAAGAAGAUGUCAUGCUCCCCCUGAUAAGGUCUCGGAUUGACAGGAAAGACGGGAAGCGAGAGAGCGCCUGUUACAUUGACAGCAUCAUCGAUCUGCAGCUGGCGGACACCAAGUCGAAGCCCACAGAAGGGGAGCUGGUGAGCUUGGCCAUGGAGUUCAUGAUCGCUGGCACGGACACCUCUGUGGGGACGAUGCAGUGGAUCAUGGCCAAUGUGGUGAAGUACCAGGAAGUACAAGAUAGGAUACUAGGAGAAAUCAAUGCGGUGGUUAAACCAGGCCAGGAGAUCGAGGAGGAAGAGAUGGAGAAGAUGCCGUACUUAAAGGCGGUGGUGCUGGAGACGCUGAGGAGGCAUCCUCCGGGGCAUUUCAUACUCCCUCAUGCUGUGACGGAGGACUCGAAGAUUGACGGGUAUGAUAUUACAAAGGAUGCGAUCGUGAACUUCACGGUGGCUGAGAUGGGUCGUGACCCAAAUAUGUGGGCGGACCCGAUGGAGUUUCGGCCUGAGAGGUUCCUGAAGGGGGAUGGGAAGGAAGUGCAGUUCGACAUAAAGAGCGUGAGGGAGAUCAGGAUGAUGCCAUUCGGGGCUGGCAGGAGGAUCUGCCCCGUAAUCGACAUGGCCAUGCUCCACGUCCAGCUGUUUAUUGCAAACAUGGUUCGGGAUUUUGAAUGGAGCCCCGAGGAAGGGAGAGCGCCGGAGGACGUGGAUUUAUCUGAGGUCCAGGAUUUCACCAUGGUCAUGAAGACUCCGCUGAGGGUUCAGAUCAAACCAAGAAGAAUUUAGAUCUAACAAUAGGGUAAUUUUCUCUCUCUUUUUCUUUUUUUUUUUGUUGGGUUUAACUUGGUCGAAUUAUGCUUUUCUUACUUUCAUUAUUUUUUUCGGUGUAUCCCGUGUGCAAGAAGCAGUAAUAAAGGCCAAUGGGGUUCGAAACCGUAUGCUAGCAUUCAUGUUUCAAGAAAAGUGUUAAUAGAA